UUCCUGGAGGUAAAGCUGAAAAGUUCAAAGUCUGGCUAUUGGAAGAUAAUGUCACACCAUUGUUACCAACCAAACUAGCUGUGGAAAUUAUUAACUUUUUGGCUCGAGAAACUGUGGCUCAGAUUGUUGAUUUAUCAUUGGAAGUAAAGAAACAGGCGUUUUCAUGUUCUCUUGCUGCAGUGUCUAACUUUAGUAAGAGUAUUGAAGAAUCAUUUGAGGAUACUGAUGGGGAGGACUUUCAGGAUAUUAAUGGAGAAGAAAGUGAUGAUAGUCCUGUUACAGAUAGUAUGUAUCUGAAAUCAGAGGCUCCUCAUGGUAUUAAAACUAAGGUUAGAGAUUCAGGAAUUAUUGAUAUGGCUGAUGGUGAAAGCGACUCGUCUUCUGAAUGCGAACUUCAGGAAGAUGAAGAUAAUGAAUAUGAUGGAAAUUCUGAUACCGAAAGCUCAUCUGAUGAAGAGAAUUCUAACAAAGGUAGUUCAGAUGAAUCAUCUGACGAGCUGUCUGACAAUCAUGUGACUGAUGAUGGUGAAACUGAAUCUGAAAAUAGCAGCUCUGAUAAUGAAGGUGCUGUCGAUGAUGAGAACAUAAUCGGGAAUAAAAAUGUGUCUGAAGAUGAAGAUAUGUCUGAUGCUGAAAAUAUGUCUGAUAAUGAUGAGGAUAAUGCAUCCAAUGAUGAAGAAAUGGCUGGAAUUGAAAAUGUACCCAAUAUUGAUGAGGAUAGUGCAUCUAGUAAUGAAGACAUAGCUGAUUUUGAAAAUGUACCCGAUAAAGAUGAGAAUAAUGCAUUCUGUGACGAAGACAUAGCUGGUACUGAAAAUGUACAUCAUAAUGAUGAGGAUAAUGCAUUCUGUAAUGGAGACAUAGCUGAUGUUGAAAAUGUACUUGAUAAUGCAUCCAAUGUUGAAGACAUAGCUGACGCUGAAAAUGUGCCCGACAAUGAUGAGGAUAAUGCAUCCAAUGAUGAAGACAUAGCUGGUGCUGGAAAUGUACUUUAUUACGAUAAUGCAUUCAAUGAUGAAGACAUAGCUGGUGCUGAAAAUGUACUUUAUGACGAUAAUGCAUUCAAUGAUGAAGACAUAGCUGGUGCUGAAAAUAUACUUGAUAAUGAAAACGAUAAUGCAUCCAAUGAUGAAGACAUAGCUGAUGCUGAAAAUGGAUCUGGUGAUGAAAAUAAUGAAUCUAGUGAUGAAAAUAUAUCCAAUGAUGAAGCCGCUUCUAGUUCCGAAAAUUCAGAAUCAUAUGAAGAAGAAUGCGAUUCUGAGGAGGAAGAGGCUGUCGAAGAAAAUAAAGAAGGUUCUGAUGAAAACGAAUGCGAAGAUAGUUCUGAUGAAAAAUCUGAAGAUACUAGUGAAGAUUCUAUGAAUGAAUCUGAAGAAGAUUCAACGGAAAGCUCUGACUCAUCUCAAAAUAAUUCAAAAGAAAAUUCACCUGAAGCAAAAAUAUCAGACGAAGAUUUCGAUAAUAAAGGAGAAUCUUCGUGCCUUGUUCAGAAAGAGAAUGUUACUGGCAAAGAAAAAUCUCCGGAGGCAGAAGAUUUUCAUAAAACAUCUGUUGUGCCCGAGUCAGAUGAAGUAUGUCAGAAAGAAGAUUCACACCAUUUGACUAAAACAGACUAUAUUUUUUCUCUAAAUGAACCUGGCAUUAGUGACAUUUCAGAUGCUGAGUGUCCAGAUGCAAGUCAGAAGUUAGAUGUCCAAGACAAACAAGCUUGUGGUACAUGGACUGAGAUGAGUAAUAUCCAGGAAGAAAUUCCUGUUGGAACCACUCUCCAUGGACCUUCUGACUUGAAUAUAGCUGUCACAUAUGAAGAACCAUCUAUGGAAGUCGUUAGUACAUCACAUUUUGCCACGGAAGACACUGAGAAAGUUCCUGACUUUCAGGGUACGGCAACUGGGAAAUCCCUGUACGAGACAAUAGAAGACUUUGAAUCUCAGCCAUAUGGUGAUGAUGAAGGACAAUCUAUUCUAGUAAAACCUAUUGACGUGGAUGCUGUGUAUGAAGAGGAGAUUCAUCCAAGUAACUCAACCUAUAUCCCUAGUGCUUCCGCAGCAAAUGAAACUUACGAAGAGAUGGACGCAUCGCAGUCAGAUAGUAGUGCUAAUGCUUCCUCGUCAGCCUCAGAACCACUGGAAGAGGAUACUGACUCAGAUCCAGUUCCUUCUCCACAGACUUUCUAUAGGCAGUCAUUCAAACCCUAUCCAUUUACGCCUUCGAAGUUCCCCACUCCAGUUUUUUCACACGAUCCUGAACUUGAUCUUGAUACUUGUUCUCUUGAAGAACAGCUCUGUCGACAGGACCUACCAGAUCUGGAGCCGUAUGAAAGGGAACCUAUUACUCCUUAUGAUAUCGAAGAAGCCCUACGGCGUUUUCAUAUGCCUGUACAGCCAGCUUUGUUUUUUAAGAUGAAUCCGCAUUGCAAAGAUAACGAACGUUUGCUGUUUUGCUGAAAAAUGUAUUUACCUAUUAAUAACUCAUUGUAUAACAUCAUAAAGCUGUGCAUACUGUAAAAAAACAUUGUAUAAAUAAUUUUUUCGUA